CUCAAAGGGGAAAUGGAUUGGGGAGCAGAUAAUAUAACCAGGUUUAUCGUUCUUUGCAGGUCCUGUGGGAACAGCCCUGAGUUCCCACUGUGGGGCUCGGCCCGUGAUUAUGGUUGGUGGGUUUCUCUCCGGCCUGGGUCUGUUCUUGGCAUCGUUUGCUACCCGUUUGGUGCAUUUAUACCUCAGCAUUGGCCUCCUUUCAGGCUUCGGCUGGGCCUUGGUCUUCACGCCCUCCAUGGCCUCCGUGGCUCGCUACUUCAAGAGGCGCCGGACCCUGGCUACCAGUUUGGCCCUCACCGGCGUGGGAAUCUCCUCCUUCGCGUUCUCGCCUCUCUUCCAAUUCCUGGUGGACACCUAUGCCUGGCGGGGCGCCCUGAGGAUUGUAGCCGGCAUGUCCUUCAACCUCGUGGUCUGCGGCGCCCUGAUCCGACCCCUGACCCUGAAGGACGACGUGUCCGGUGGAAAGUUGACAGGACCGAGCUGGAAGACGCUCUCCAACCUUUUCGGCUUGCACCUACUUUCCCACUGCCCGUUCAUGCGGUAUGUGGUUGCCAUCACACUGGUCAACACGGGCUAUUUCAUCCCCUACGUCCACUUAGUGGCCCGGGCACGAGAACUGGGCUUUGACGAGUACCAGGCUGCCUUUCUAAUGUCCGUCACCGCCGUUGCGGAUCUCUGCGGUCGCCUCUUCUCCGGCUGGCUGGGCAGCUGCAGGUCCUCGCGGUUGAUCCACCUGCUGGUGGCCUGGACUUUCUUGACAGGCCUCUCCUUGUUGCUGAUCGCCUGGGGCCACACCUACCCGCUCCUCAUGGCCAUCAGCCUCGGCUACGGAUUCUUCUCGGGAGCCCUGACGCCCGUGGUCUUCUCCAUCAUUCCGGAGAUUGUGGGCAUCGAGAACAUCUUCAGCGCCAUGGGGCUGCUGCAGAUGAUCGAAAGCAUUGGGGGGCUCUUGGGGUCUCCCUUGUCGGGCUGGCUGCGCGACUUCACUGGCGACUACGCGGCCUCCUUCCUCGCCGCCGGCUCCUUCCUCUUGGCCGGGAGCCUCGUCCUGAUGACGGUGCCCACUUUCUCCACCUGCCUGACCCGGCCUGAUUGGCACGAGUCCCGGCUUGGCAGGGAAGCCGGGGACGACAGCCGCUUGAGCUCGGUGGCUCCCGCAGACGUCUCUCCCGAAAAGGGCCCAGGGGGGCCGCCGGCCGAGCAGACCCCUGGGAAGAGCUGAACAGCCGCAGGAGUCCAAACUAGGGAUGUGACUCCAGAGCAGAGAUGGACGACUCUCGUGUCCCAGAAGGCAUGUUUGUGUGUUCGAGGGUGUCAAUGCAAGAACGAGGAGUUAUUCGUCGCGGAGAAAGUCCUGACGUCAAAUUCCUGGGAAAACUCCUGAGUCGGCAAGUUGAAAAGUCUCACAAGUUUCUUCCCUCUUUUUGUGACCUUCGGCCGAAUAAGGAAUUUCCUAAACUCAGCAUUUUUCCUGACCCUUGAAUCGGUUUAAUAAACCCAUC